UCUUGCGAGAAAAAGUUGUUCAGCUUACAAUCGCGUAGGCAAAGAUGAUAUGUGGACCACGGUAUUUCACACAGCAGCAAGGUAUGACAAUGUUGAAAUGAUGAAAUAGAUAUCAAACAUUUGCUUCCCAGAUUGUUGGAUGGUGGUUAAUAGCAAAUUCCAAAAUUUCCUUCACAAACCAAUACUGGGACAUAGAUUUAAUGUUAUAGAAUAUGUUUUGAAGUAUCCCCAAGCAGACAACCUUAUUGAGGUGAAAGACGAGGAUGGCAACACACCGUUGGCCCUUCUAUCGGUUUGUAGUUGUGGCCCUUUGAAACGUGUUGCUAUGCAGGGUCUUAUGUGGAAGCAUUUGGUCUUUAAUAAACAACACCAAACUCCAUUUGCCAUGAUCUUCCAAAACAGAAAGUGGGCAUUUUCUAAGUAUUUCUUAGGUUGGAAACUUGUAAGGAAUGGUGGAAAAAUUGGUUGUCAAAGUGAUCUUACAGAAAGUAGGAAAGAGAGGAAUAGUGAUGUUCCUACAGAAAAGGAUAUUCAUUUUAUGGUAGAAACAAGUCGAACAAACAUAAUUGCAGCUUCAUUGAUUUUUACCGUGACCUUUACAGCUGGUUUAACAGUUCCAGGAGGAUACAACAGCAAUCUUGGAAAAACACAAGGAACGCCAUUGUUGUUACACAGUUCUCCAUUUAACUUGUUUCUUAUUUUCGAUUUUCUUGCUUUCAUUUUGUCUAUUAUGUCGAUACUUUUAUACAUUGUGAUGGUUGCAAAAGCCUCAUCUAUCAAGAACUACAAAUCUGUCCCGGGAUAUUUUGCAUGCAGCAGGGCUAUGGUCAUGUACGCAGUCCUUACUGCGGUAACUGCAUUCACGUGGGGGUAG